GAUUAGAACCGUCUCUAAUCGCGUUCCAGUAGUGUCCAAGUUCUCUCCACCAAAGCUCCCGCAAAAAAAAAACGGGGCUCGAAAGAGACGGCUCCUGCCUCUUGUCCGUGUUGUUACACAAGGAUGACAGACUAAAGGCGGCUCCAAUUCUUUGGGGACAAAAUAUAUUUCUGGCUCCAUAGCUGAAACAGAUUAAUCCUUUCAUCAGGAGUUUUUCAGAAUUUGUGUCCCCCGCGUGGAAAAGUUCAUCCAGAUCUCUAAAGAUUUAGCAUACUAACAAGGAGGGAAGGUUUUUGAAUGGAACCCGUCUUGAGUAACUGUAAGAGCUGCUGCUUCCAGGCUCAUUUAUCACUAGUUGUUCUGCCCUGGAAGUCCUUGCCACUGUUUUGCUUCCAAAAAGGGAUUAUCAGGGUUUUUUUUGGAUUGUACAGUAUUAGUGGACUUUACUAGUUCACAGUUUUAUGUAGUGUUUCCAAGAUUUGGGAAGAAGCAUUUCAAAAUAAGCAUGUUCUAUUUUUCUUGUGGUGGGAGGGCAAUGAAUAAUUAUGUUUUGUUGAAUUUACCUAGGAGGGAGAGAUCUGUCAUAUGGAGAAGGUGUCCAGAAGUGGCCCUCGAAGUCUUGGAUUUUUUUUUUUACUUGAGACUUGUUUUGUGAUGGAGACGGUGUUGAAGUCUCCCUGUGAUGAACAGCACCCUCAGCAGGCUGAAGACUUCCACGGGAAUCUUGAGCAGAACAGCAAGCUUUCAGCAGGAGUAAAAAAAGAUAUUGAAAAACUUUAUGAAGCAGUGCCACAGCUUGUAAAUGUGUUUAAAAUAAAGGAAAAAAUCGGGGAAGGUACUUUUAGUUCUGUGUACUUGGCUACAGCACAGCUACAAGCAGGAUAUGAGGAAAAAAUGGCUCUGAAGCACUUGAUUCCAACCAGCCACCCUCUGCGAAUAGCUGCUGAACUUCAGUGCCUCACAGUGGCAGGGGGACAAGAUAAUGUUAUGGGAGUUAAAUACUGCUUUAGGAAAAAUGAUCACGUUGUUAUUGUUAUGCCAUAUCUGGAGCAUGAAUCCUUCUUGGACAUUUUGAAUUCCCUUUCCUUUGAAGAAGUGAGGGAAUACAUGUUUAAUCUGUUUAAAGCGUUGAGGCGCAUUCAUCACUUCGGUAUUGUUCACCGUGACGUCAAGCCCAGCAACUUCCUCUACAACAGGCAGCUAAAAAAGUAUGCCUUGGUAGAUUUUGGCUUGGCACAAGGAACCCCUGAUACGAAAAUUGAGCUUCUUAAAACUGCCCACUCUGAAGACCAGCAGGGAAGUUUCUUGCAAACUAAUCCCAUUGUAACCUUGGGAAACGGGCUUUCUGUCAGUGUCACAGCACCUAAACAGAUAGCUCAACAGUCGGCCUCAAAAGCAGCUGACAGAAGGUCCAGCUCACUUUCAAAAGUACAGAUGAAACAAGGAAGAGGAGGAAAGGAGGAUUCUGUGCACCAUUCUGUCCAGCGCUCCGUCUUCGGAGAGAGGAAUUUCAAUGUCUAUAGCUCCACAUACCAGGAGAACUCAAGCACAAAACUCAUAAAACAACCAAAGAUGAUAGAUGUUUCAUCUAGAAAGUUAGUAACAAAGAAGAAGAUUAUUUCUACCAAAACUGUGAGCAAUGGGGCAGCCAGGAAAGCUGCCAGUGGUUGCCCUUUAAACGUGCUCUGUGAUUGUUAUGCAACGGACAGAGUUUGCAGUGUUUGCCUUUCAAGGCGUCAGCAAGUGGCUCCCAGGGCAGGAACACCUGGAUUCAGAGCACCAGAAGUAUUAACAAAGUGCCCCACUCAGACCACAGCAAUAGACAUGUGGUCUGCAGGAAUCAUAUUCCUUUCUCUGCUCAGUGGACGGUAUCCAUUUUUCAAAGCAAGUGAUGAUUUAACGGCUUUGGCACAAAUCAUGACAGUUCGUGGAUCCAGAGAGACCAUUCAGGCUGCUAGAACUUUUGGAAAAUCAGUUGUGUGUACCCAAGUUGUCCCAGCUCAAAACCUACGAACCCUCUGUGAAAAGCUGAGAGGAACAAAUAGCAGCUGUAAGAGAUCUCAGGGGGAAGGGCCCAGCAGGUCUGACAACAACACAGCUUUGUCAGUUGCAACAGACAAACCCUGUGCUCCUGAGACACUUGGAAAACAAGUUCAGCACUUAGAGAGUUUUCAGGAAGGUGAUGGUGCUUUGGAAAUGAAGGCAGCUGACAUGAAAGGAUGGGAUCAGGUUCCUGAUGAAGCAUAUGACCUACUUGAUAAGCUACUAGACUUAAACCCUGCAACAAGAAUAACUGCAAAAGAGGCUUUGCUGCAUCCUUUUUUUAAAGACAUAAGGCUCUGAGAAGAUAACUUACUUUGCUAUUCUUUUCAUAUGUUUUGUGUGGAAAUGAAAUACUGAGGCAGUUUUACCUUGUUGCCCUCAACAUUUACACUCAUUGAAAUAACGUCACACUGUGCUCAGAACUACUGAAAUUUUGUCCUGUACAGUUAGACUGCAAAUGUCAGUUUAAGAAAUACUCGCAGAUGAAAAAGUUACAUAAACAUCACUAACAUGGUCUUAUCCUAAGACACUUCUGAAAGGUUAUUGCUGUGCAUACCUGUUCUCUAAGAAAGUUAACUUUGAUCAAAAACAAAAAAGAAAAAAGAGUUUCAUAAGCUCUGUGCUUAAUUCUUGAGAUAUUAAAAUUUACAAGUUUGCCUUAAGGUAUGAAAUAAGAAAGUGUUUGAGUGACUUUUUUCUGUACUUGAAUAUCUCUGCUUUGUUCCUGUUUGGUACAUGGGGACUGAAAAUGGAACAAAGUGUAUUCAUUUUUUUCAGACUAUUUUCAGAGAACAGUAUUACUUUGGGAGUGUUGCUAGAGGAAAGGCCAGGUGCUGCAGAUUAUAUCAUCAAAAGAAAAGCAUAACUUUUAAAAGUACAUUUUUGUUCCUGUCCGGCCUUUGCUACUUAGGAAAUAGUAAUAAAUGCAGUUACUCAUUUUACAUGUUUCCUCAGUGCCAUGGGUGACUGUCAAUAUGCCACAGCUGCUGCCUUCAAGGAUGUCUUGAGUGCCAGGCAUAGGUUUGAUUUGUUAUGGAAACUGAUUUCUUAAAAAAUACCUGUUCAAUAAAUGAUUUGGUUUUAUAACUUCAGAA